GCGCAAGUUUGAAUGACAGAGCUAACUGAGCUUCUUGCUGUGUUUCUUCACCACCGGCGGCGGCGGCUUCAAAAUCAAGCCACCGUUGUCUUCAUCAUAAUUUCGUAAACCUAGCCACCCAAUGACUUCCCUUUCCAAUUUAGGCAACUUUUUUCGGGCAAUCGAUCAUCACCAUCGGUGUUCCCCCGAUGUGAAGCUCCUAAUCGGCAGAUGCUCCAGUCAUCCACCCAAUUUUUCUAGAAACGUGCUACGUGCACAGUUAACGGACACCAUAUCGGCGGUGGGAUCGCAAAAGGUUAGCAAGGAUGAGGUGAUGAAGGCUGAAGAACGAGUAAUAGUCGGAACUUAUGGCCGAUCUCCUCUUGUCCUCACAAAUGGAAAGGGGUGUAAGUUAUACGAUAUUGAAGGUCGAGAGUAUAUCGAUCUCACUUCUGGUAUUGCCGUCAAUGCUCUCGGCCAUGGCGAUCCCGAUUGGAUUCAAGCUAUCACCGAUCAAGCUAAUCUACUGGCGCAUGUUAGCAACAUCUAUUACACUCUUCCUCAGGUGAAUCUUGCUGAACGUCUAGUAGCAAGUUCAUUUGCAGAUCGUGUUUUCUUCUCCAAUUCUGGAACAGAAGCAAAUGAAGCUGCUAUAAAAUUCGCACGAAAGUUCCAAAAAAUUUCACAUCCCGAUAAGACGGAUCCACCUACUGAAUUCAUCUCGUUCACCAACAGCUUCCAUGGAAGGACGAUCGGUUCACUUGCCUUGACCAGCAAAGAGCAUUACCGAACCCCUUUUGAGCCCGUGAUGCCUGGUGUUACUUUCUUAAACUAUGGGGACAUCGAUGCUGCUCAAGAACUAAUAUCUAGCGGCAAAAUCGCUGCAGUUUUCGUGGAACCGAUUCAGGGGGAAGGUGGAAUCUACAGUGCUACAAAAGAGUUCUUGCAAUCUUUGCGUAUUUCUUGCGAUAAAGCUGGGUCUCUGCUGGUUUUUGAUGAGGUUCAAUGUGGGCUGGGAAGAACCGGUUAUCUUUGGGCACACGAAGCUUAUGAUGUAACACCCGAUAUAAUGACUCUUGCCAAGCCGCUAGCGGGAGGUUUGCCAAUAGGAGCUACACUAGUGACGGAAAGAGUGAAUGCCGCCAUCAAACACGGUGAUCAUGGCAGCACGUUUGCAGGUGGACCACUUGUUUGUGCUGCCGCGAUUGCAGUCUUCGAUAAAAUAUCAAAACCGGUGUUUUUGGCGAGCGUAACCAGAAAAGGCGAGUACUUGAAAGAAAUCUUGAUGAAAAAAGUCGGAGGGAACUCACACGUGAAAGAAAUACGCGGGUUCGGUCUUAUUGUCGGGAUCGAGUUGGAUGUGUCGGCGUCACGGCUCGUGGAUGCUUGUCGAGAGUCGGGUCUUCUGAUAUUGACUGCGGGAAAAGGAGAUAUUGUUAGACUGGUGCCGCCGUUGAUAAUCUCGGAGCAGGAACUGGAUCAAACUGUCGAGAUCUUGUACAAAUGUUUCGAUGUUCUUGAUGAGAAGAAUCUGAACUAAUGGUUCGGGUUUAUUUUUCGUCGAUGGGGGUACUUUUGUAAUUUCAGAUGUCAAGCUAUGAUGCAAAUGUUAACUAAUAGAUUGGGAUUUUUCUUUUGGUGUUUUUAACGGAUAUCGUCUUUAUUUUGAAAAAUUAAUCGAUCGUCCGUUUAUGGUUGCAUCUUUUUAA